ACAUAAGCAAACUUGUGAAGAAAGCAAGAGAACAAUAUGCUUUCUUUGUAAGAGAAGAAACAUAUGAUGACCUGAGACUAAAGAAGAGAUUUUGAUGAACAGAAGACAUAGCGGCAAAACUAGGAAUAUCCAUUGCAUAGCAGAAGAGAAAAUGGCCAAGUAUUGCAGAAAUUUAAAGACUUAUAUAUAUGCAGAGCAAUAAACCUUAACAUUAUUAUCAAAGCUCAAAUUAGCCAAUUCAGAAGAGAUCAUCAUCGUCAAAGAAGUAAUUAAUAUGGCAGCCAGACAGCAACAGAAACGAACAGGCUUUGGGAUUCAGUACGAGGAUCUUGUCCCCAAAUCCGAAUGGAAGGAUCAACCAGACGCCACAAUUCUCACAAUUGAUCUUCCAGGUUUUGCAAAGGAGCAAGUAAAGGUGACGUAUGUGCACACCACAAAGAUGAUAAGAGUCACUGGAGAACGUCCUUUGGCUGAUCGGAUAUGGAGCCGUUUCAACGAGGUUUUCACUGUUCCACAGAACUGUCUAGUAGAUAAGAUCCAUGGGAGUUUCAAGAACUAUGUCCUCACCAUCACCAUGCCAAAGGAGACGAUCACGAAGGUGGCUAAUCUUCCAGAAUCCUCUAAAACUGAGGCUGCUGCUCUGGAUAAGGUGGCGAAGCUAGAGGAGAAGAGGUUGUUGGAAGAAUCUAGAAGGAAAGAGAAGGAAGAGGAAGAAGCCAAGCAGAAGAAGAAGCAGCUUCUGGAAGAGAAAGAGGGGCUAAUUAGGAAGCUGCAAGAAGAAGCUAAAGCAGACAAGGAGGCUGCAAUAAGGAGGUUACAAGAAACAAAAGAGAAGGCCGAUGCUUUGAAGCUUCAAGAAUUAAUUGAGAAACUCGAGGAAAAAAGGCUUGAGGAGAGGAAGCUUGAGGAAAUGGUGCUUGUAGAAGAAGCUCAACUAAAGAGAAUCCAGGAGAGAAAGCCUGUUGAUGAAUCAGCUGGAGGAAGAGAGAAGAUACUAAAGCCAGAAGAGAGAAAGCUUCCAGAAGUGGUCUAUACAAAACCCGGUCCCGUGUCUGGUCCCAAAUCCGAGUCCGGGUCUGGUCCCAAGCCCGGGUUAGGAGUGGUAGGCGAGGUGGUGAAAUCAGCGGAAGAAAAAGUAGGAUACUUGGUGGAGAAGGAGAAAAAAAUGGGGAAAGGGAUAAUGGACAAAAUAAGGAGAAAAGAGAUAACAAAUGAAGAGAAGAAGUUGAUGAUGAAUGUAGGAGUGGCUGCGCUUGUUAUCUUUGCUCUUGGAGCUUACGUCUCUUAUACCUUUUGCUCUUCAUCUUCAUCCCCUUCAUCUUCUUCGUCUCCUUCUUCUUCAUCAUCUUCUACCAAACCAGAAUGAGAUCUCUUAUAAGAAGAAGUUGUGUGAAUUGAAGAAUGUAUAUGUUAUACUGUACUUUGUAACUGUGAUAUAUUCUGAAAUCUAAUAAAGUUUGGUGAUUUCAUAUA